AUGCCCGCUGAACGUCCUAACAGGAAUCCUGGGGAGUACGAACGACUAUUGGGAGAAGAGCCUGUUCGUACCUACGUGCCGAUGCUAUUGAGACCAUGGGUGAUGGACUGCGCUCACAAGGAAGCGAUCCACCUAGGUGAGAAGGUUACUCUCGGAAUCCUGAAACGGUAUUAUUGGUGGAUAGGGCAGAGUCAAAGUGUAAAGUGGUGGUGCCGAGCUUGCUACGCAUGUCAAGCGCGGAAGACUCCGAGGCAUACUAGAAGAUGGCCCCUAGUAUCUUUAUCUUUGCCGAGUAGGCCCGGUGAAAUGGUGGCCUUUGAUUUCUUGGGACCUCUACCACAAACUAAGAAAGGAAGACAGUAUGUGUUUCUGGUGGUUGAUCUGUUUAGCAGGUAUGCUGAAGCAUAUGCAUUAACCGCUGCAGAAAAGACAGCUCAGGGAUGUUCCGCAAUACUGGUGCAACAGUAUAUCCCUAGAUGGGGUUGUCCGCACACAUUUCUGUCUGACAGAGGGGCAGAGUUUACCGCACCCGUAAGCAGGGAGAUAUACCGGAUGCAGGGAACGGUGAAAAUGUUUACUAGCUCAUAUCACCCACAGACGAAUGGCAUGGUGGAACGUCUGAAUCAUACCCUAUGUCAAAUGCUGUCUCAUCUAAUUGCAGAUGACCAGAAGAAUUGGGAUGAAUACUUGAGUACUGCAAUUGCAGCACACAAUAACAACAUGAGCAGGGGAACCGGAUUAUCUCCUAAUGAGAUCCACAUAGGUCGAUAUACCAGAUUACCGAUGACGAUCUUGGAAGGUCGUGGGGUGAAGGGUCACCAGAGCUUUAAACAAGAUCAGCUAGACUAUCUCGAAUUAAUGAGGGCUAGACAAGUUAAAGCCUAUAAUCUGGUUAAAGAGGAAGACCGAUUGAUCAAAGCUAAACACGCUAAGGCUAAUGAAGCUUUGGUGAAGGAGCUCAAAACCAGGCGCCCUAAAAUUGAGGCGAACGAUUGGGUGUGGUUAUAUAAUGAUCAGAGCACUAUAACUGGAGGAGGGAAACAUGUGCUGAAACCUCAAACAAUCAAGUCUGGAGAGAGAAAGUCCUUUGCUUUGGUGUCCAAGUUGGCAUACUGUUGGACUGGACCAUAUCGGGUGUUAUUUGUUGGACCUGGAACCGCGCCUGAUGGCAGAGAAGUGGGGCCUAAACUGGUGCUCUUAGAUGUACGAAAGGAUGAACCUGGAAAAGACAUAACGUCUCGGGUAUCUGUAUUGAGGGUGAAGAAAUGUUUUAACCCCCAUUCAGAGGAUGACAAACCAAGGUUUUUACCGUGGGCCAUGAGUAAUUAUGUUCUGAACAAAUACUCUGAGUUAUCACCUCCUUUCCAUCUUACGGGUGAAGACGUGCAGAUAAACUUGGACACGUACCGUAAUGUGCCAUGGAAAAUAUCCAAGCAUCGGUUGAUCGCGAAGGUGAUCAUGGUGGCGGAGGAUGGUGAGAGCGUGGAGAACCCACACACCGUGAAGUUCUUGGAUCUUGCGAGGCAAGAGAAUGUACACCUGAGUUUAGAGACUCUGAAGACAUUCGAUGAAGAACCGGGAACUUGGUGCUGGCAUGUACACACCAGGUUAAGGGGGCGAGACAGCGUUAAGAGUUUCCGGUACACACUGGAUUGAAGACGGAAGAAGAUCGUCGACAAGAAAGAGCACUCAAGACGAAGAAGAUCAUCGACCAGAACACUCAAGAUUGAAGAAGAUCAUCGACGAGAACUGAAGAUGGAGGUUUCGAAUAAUUGUUCAGGGUUCUGAGAUUUAUACCCUAACAAUUGUUUUAGUUCAAGAGGGCUUUGGUAUUUGUUUUAUAUGUGUGUGUUUGAUGUUGGUUGUACUUCUGUUGGGAAGUCUGCCUGUGAGUGUGUGUGUUUGAUGUUGUGAUGUGUCUGACGAGUUUUAUGUAAAUAAAUCGAUGCGCAAGAAUAGUGGAAUGAGAGACUUGGCGAUAAUUUUGUGUUUUGUUUUGAAGAAAAUUUGAAUGUGUUAGGAUAUACUUUGUGUGUGAAGUGGACGAAAACAUCUACCAUCUCACUUGACUUUGUGUUGUUCAUAAGCGAAAUCAUCUAGUAGAUUUACUUAUGAUCAGGGUGGGCUGAUGUGGUGAGAAUGGGUUUCAGUCUAGUUCGUGAGGCGUUAUUGGUUAUGAUCUGAAACGGUCGACACAUUCUGAGUGUCUAGACGACUGGACCGACCAACCAAGCAGCGUAGACCUAGGGCUGAUGUGGCCAGCUGGAUGCAUCGGACCUAGGGCCUAGGCAAUCAUGAGCGUAGACCCAGGAUUAUGAGAGGAAGCCAGUAACAUAUGUUUGUGCAUUUCAUUGGAUUAAGUGCAACCAAUCAGAUGGUUGUGUAGUAGGAGAAUCGCAGACCACGGACUGACGUGCGACUGUUUGUAACGCUUGGUUGCAGUUGGACCGUCCGGAAGCUUGGCUCCGUUAAGCCUCGCACAUGAAUCACUCAUAAAGCUUUGCCCUCAGUCUCACCGAACAGAGCUGUUUGCAAGAUUGCCGAGAGUCAAUAAGACACCCCAAACAACCACCGUGCCGAACACAAAGACGCUUGAACACAAGCGCUGCACUUCUGACAAGGCUGAGCCUGUUAGCAAGGAAGAGGCAGAACCCGUACCCCAGAGUACCAGUUCUCUCCACAACCUCCCAUUUUUUUUCCUAUUCGCGGUUCUCGAGGCAUUCUUUUUCAACAGGCGGCAGGAUGGAUUACGGUUCGGCAUCGGAGACCUUGGCCGAGAUCUACGGACUUAGACUUCGGACCUUCGGAGACUCCGAACCUUCGGAGACUCGGAGACGUUGCCCGUUGGUUGCCCUUUGCUCGAGCACCGAGCAAGCCAGUCGUACGCGAAGCGCGAAGCUGCUGCAAGCGCGCCCACGAGAACUUCGGCUACUGCUGUAUGCGUGGUCCGUAAUUAAGUCGACACCACGUGAACGCGCAGUCAGCAGCGGAUGCACGUACAUAUGUUCAUGACUGCUGCUGAAUGUAUAGACUAGUUAGGUAACACGAUUUUCAAGCUCUAGACUAUAGCUCCAAGACGACGAGGGUGCCAAAUCAAGCAUGUUUUCGGAAAUAUCUCAAGAGACGGACGGUUCCAACGCCAUCACUUGGAGAGAAAAAGCUUGUCCUGCUGUGAAGUGAGAUAUCGAGCUAUGGAAAUCGAUACAGGCGGGGGGUGCGACAAUUGUCUUGCGUGUGGUGUCGCCGACGAUGUGGUCAGGGCUUAGCGAGAUGAGGCUCACGUCUUUCACCUUCUUCCGUUGCUUCGCACACACUGAUCACGAAGGUUGAUUUGUAUUGAAGAUUGCCGGACACAUAGACGCGUUGAGNUUUGAGUGAGGAUGGCUGCAUAUUGAGGCCUAACGGGUUAAGUGACGUUUGCGACUGCCGGACACAUAGACGCGUUGAGUGACGAAAGCUGCAUACUGAAACAUCACAGGUUGAUUUGUAUUGAAGAUUGCCGGACACAUAGACGCGUUGAGUAAGGAUAGCUGUAUACAGAAAAUCCACAGUAGCUAUAAUGAGGGGAAAACUCGAGAAUGCAGUACACAUGGACCCGACCCCCA